UAGCGUAGAUUUUUAGAAUACAAAAUGGAAGGAUCGUAAAACGUAUAGCUGGACCUUCUCGGUGCCUACAGGAAAGGAUCGAGUCCAAGAACUAGAAAAAUAGGAAAAACUUUCGCAUUUCUUUCCUUUCUUUACUUUUGCGAAGAGAUUCACACCAGCAAAAGGAGAUUACAGUUCAGGCUUUUCUUUGGGAACUGAAGUUUUGACUUGAUGGGGAGGAUCAAACCGCAAGCUCUGCUACAACAGAGCAAAAAGAAGAAGGGGCCGGCUCGAAUAAGUGUUAUGACAAUUAUAAUGUCUAGCUUGAUUGUUGUUUUGACUCUGUUUUUUCUCUAUGCCACAUACAGACACUGGUCCCAAAGGUCAAGAUUCCAAAUAGAGAAUAAGCAAUCAGUUCUUGAGGGUGACAACUCUUUCAUGGAUCCGAAGAAAUCUGAUCUCCCUGGAUAUGCUAUUUUAGAGACUGCAAAAGGCUCUAUAACAGUGGAACUCUUCAAGGAUAGUUCCCCUGAAGUUGUUGAUCAAUUCCUUGACUUAUGUCAGAGAGGGCACUUCGAUGGAAUGCUUUUUCGCCAUGUGAUAAAGCACUAUGUGAUUCAGGCUGGGGAUAGUGAUAAGCUGGGCGCUACAGAGGAUUGGACUUUGAAAGGAAAGCAUUACAGCCAACUCGAUACCAGUUUGAAGCAUGAAGCAUUCAUGCUCGGAACUUCUAAGGCAAAGCAUGAUAAAAGAGGAUUUGAGCUAUUCAUUACAACUGCACCAAUCCCAGAUCUAAAUGAGAAGCUUAUUGUCUUCGGGAAGGUCGCUAAGGGAGAGGAUGUUGUUCAGGAAAUUGAAGAGGUGGAUACAGAUGAGCAUUUUCGACCUAAAUCUAACAUCGGGAUCCACCGUGUGACUCUGAAGCAAAGUAUCUAGAAGUCAAACACAACCAAACAAGUUCUCUACGUUGCAUGUCCUGUCAUUCCAAAGUUUCAGCACCAUCAGUCAAACUUGUCCGAAGACUAUACUGAAAUUUUUUUGUACUUCAUAUCUCAUUGGGGCUGGUAUUGCUCAAGGUCUGUAGGCCUCAUUCCUCGGAAUGAGUCCGGUUCCACCUUUGGUUAUCCAUUUUUACUAACCUACUACUAUUGUCUAUCUUUUUUCUGGAGUAUCUGUUUCUAAUUCUUUUUCAUACACUCGUGGACAUUGUAUUUGUAUGCAGUGUAAUGAAGUAGAUGAGAUGUAACUUAAAGUCCGAUAGAGAAAUUGAGAAGGUGUUUGUAAUUUCUGAGAAUGAUCUACUAUGGUCACUGCCAUUGCUGUUCCUUUUUCUUA